GGCGCUAAAGGGAGGAAGCUGAAGGGAAGCUUUGUCAUGCUGCUUACCUUUAUUGUUUUAUGUGUUGUUCUUUCCGGUGUGGCCUUUGGCAUUUUUGCCAUUUAUAAAUUUACACAAAAAGAAAAUAUGCAGGGAGUCACAGAUAAAGAAGUGUCAGAUGGUGAACAAGUAUUUUCAGGGUUACUCAGGGUCAACGAAACAUUUACUUACGAGAUGGCAAACUCAAGAUCUCCAAAGUUUCACAGCUUCCAAGAGAGAUUUUGCACUAAUAUUGAGUCUGUUGUGACACGCAAUGGCAGCUCGGGACGCUGCAAAGUAAACAGUUUGAGCAACGGCUCCAUUAUCGUCAACUUCACUUUGGUGAUAACACACCCGAUGUCUGUCAAUGAAACGCGGGACCUGCUUCUCUGUCUGUUUAACGGCACUCAAGUGGGAACCAUGAGAGUCGAUUCUCAGGCAACACAAUUUACAUUCAAUCCUGAUGGAAAUGAGACAAUCGUCAGUAAAGAGCGGAAGUCGUCCAGCUGCUCAUCUGAUUCACUGCCCAUCUCGCCCAUGAGCUACACAUACCCAGACUACUGUGGAGACUACCAGGUGUGCAACCAGGGCAACUCAGUCCUACAGACAUGUCCUGAGGGAGAGGAGUUUACUUACCUCUCUCUACAUGACAGAGUAAUUUGUGCUUUGCCUUCCAGUAACACUUACUGCGGGAUGAAGAGAGUACCAAUGAUGAACACCGCUCACCAGUGCCAGUGGGUCGCGUUUUCUCUGUGUUCAGGUAUUUUGAUUGCUUUGACAUUUCCAGGUCUCGGUGUCUGAUGGAUUGGUGUGAUGGAGUGACUAACGCAGUCCUUGUCUCUUUUUCGAGCGGCGGAUUGUUUAUUUUUGAGAGACCAAAGUAA